AUGACAGACAGAGUGAGCUUCACCACACCCAAAGUCAACCCCCGGGCCGCCGCCGCCGGGCCGGUACUCCCCCCUGAACCCAUUGACAUCAUUCGCAUCAAGGCUCGCUCACGGAGGGUCAGACUCAAUGUUGGAGGUCUCACCCAUGAAGUCCUGUGGAGAACAUUGGACCGGCUUCCCAGAACCCGCCUGGGACGGCUAAGAGACUGCAACACCCACGAAUCACUACUGGAGAUCUGUGAUGAUUACAGCCUCACUGACAGCGAAUAUUUUUUCGACCGGCAUCCCGUGGCCUUCUCCUCCAUCCUCAACUUCUACAGAACAGGAAAACUGCACAUGAUGGAGGAGAUGUGUGCCCUGUCCUUUGGCCAGGAGCUGGACUACUGGGGUAUUGACGAGAUCUACCUGGAGUCGUGCUGCCAGGCGCGGUACCACCAGAAGAAAGAGCAGAUGAAUGAGGAGCUCAGAAGGGAGGCAGAGACACUGAGGGACAAGGAUGGGGAGGAGGAGGAGCAUGGCUGUUGUCCUGACAAGAGACAGAAGCUCUGGGAUCUGCUGGAGAAACCUAGCUCAUCUGUGGCUGCAAAGGUCCUAGCUAUGAUUUCCAUCCUGUUCAUCGUCAUUUCCACCAUCUCGUUAUCACUCAACACUCUGCCAGAGCUGCAGGUCGUGGAUGAAUUUGGCCAGUUUAAUGACAACCCCAGCCUCGCCCAUGUGGAAGCUGUCUGCAUUGCCUGGUUUACCAUGGAGUACAUGCUGCGCCUGCUCUCAGCACCCAACAAGUGGAAUUUCAUCAAAGCACCGCUGAACAUCAUUGAUUUGCUGGCUAUACUGCCUUACUAUGUGACCCUCUGCCUAACCGAGUCAAACAAAAGCGUGAUGCAGUUCCAGAACGUGCGCCGUGUGGUCCAGAUCUUCCGAAUCAUGAGGAUCCUAAGGAUCUUGAAGCUAGCCAGGCACUCAACAGGACUUCAGUCUUUAGGCUUCACUUUGCGACGAAGCUAUAAUGAGUUGGGUCUGCUGAUCCUCUUCCUUGCCAUGGGCAUUAUGAUCUUUUCUAGCUUGGUGUUCUUUGCUGAGAAGGAUGAGGAUGCUACCAAAUUCACCAGUAUUCCUGCCUCCUUCUGGUGGGCUACCAUUACUAUGACCACUGUUGGUUACGGAGACAUCUACCCACAAACCCUACUGGGGAAGAUUGUAGGAGGGCUCUGCUGCAUAGCAGGUGUGUUGGUCAUUGCCCUACCCAUCCCAAUCAUUGUCAACAAUUUCUCUGAGUUUUAUCGAGAGCAGAAGAGGCAGGAGAAGGCCAUCAAGAGGAGGGAAGCUCUUGAGAGAGCCAAACGCAGUGGAAGCAUUAUUUCUAUCAAUCUAAAGGAUGCUUUUGCACGUAGUAUGGAACUCACAGAUGUUCUGGUUGAAAAGAGAGAGGACAGUAAGUGUCCUGUGGACAACCAUCUGUCACCAAGCCGCUGGAGCUACCACAAACACUACUCCAAUGCAGAUGUAGCUAGCCCAACCCGGUCCCAACAUUCUCUUUACCACGAAGUGGCUCAGCUUGGCUCACCUCAACGACUCAAGCUCUCAUCUAACAAAACCACUCCUCAACGCCUCAGUGUAAAGCGGCUUGAAGAUGCUUACAACAAGACAGCAACCUUCCAGGAGCUACAGGACAAAAUUAGAGAGGAGCAGAUGGAGAUGAAAGCAUUGACCUCCACCCAAGCCCGGCAAACUUCACUUGAAGCCAGCAUUGCCCCAAAAUAUUCCAAUGUGGCUGAAGAUUUUCCAGAGGAAAGAGGUGAGAGAAGCACUGUGCUCCCUAGUGCUGGAGCGAGUCAAACUGGUGCUAGACAACAGCGUAUCCCUCCUCCCUUGGAUUUAAGUCAGAUCAGUGCCAUUGAUGCAAACAGGGGCACGGACGGCAACCAGCCAAUGACCAUCAUCAAAGAGGGUCUGUAUGAGUUUGUGUCGAGCCCCAAAGGAAGUGGGACUGGAGAUGUGGGUUUGGCACAACAGAUGAAAGCCCUCAAAGUUGAUUUCCUUGGACCCCAGGAUGAUGUGCUUAUGGCAGUGAUGACACCUGUGGCAACCCCACUCUCUGCCGGUUCAGCCAAGCUUGCUCACCUACUGUCCGACGACAUGGUUUCCAGGUUCUCUCCCAGCUCUGCCACGCAGGAAGCUAAAUCUUCAUUGGCACUCAGUCCAAGCAACUCCCCGGGGGGAGGUGAGGGCUCAGUAGCGAAGAGCUUAGAAGGUGAAGGGCAGCUCACAGGCUUAAGCCACCAAGGGAGGAAUCACAUGGAGAGGUCUGCUGUCAGCUCAGGCGGCAAUGCUAGCCCACUGUCAGCUAAGACUAGCCCACUCAACUGCACUCAGGAGCUAGUAGCUUUGGAAGGUGAGGAAGAAGGAGAAGGAGAGGAAGGAGAAGAGCAGAGUGGUGAGAAAAGAGAAAACCACAUUGUUCUGGAUGGAAGCCUGACACCGCCCUGUGAAACGAGCAUGUGA